AUGGCCUUCCCUGCAGACGAGUCCAAGCUUGUCUCAAUUUUCAUCCAAACUCUGCUAUACGGGGCGUAUGUUGUCGUGUUUGCUCUGACAGCAACAGUAUGGGUGCUUGUCUACAAACGUCCGCCACGGGAGCCCCUCAACACGACGAUGCUCACCAUUUCCAUCGUUAUGUUCGUGCUCGCAACCAUGCAUAUCGGGGUCAACUAUACCAGAAUUAUCAAGGCAUUCAUCGAAUUUAGAAACGAGCCCGGGGGACCGGCGGCGUUCUUCAACCAGCUUUCCGAAUUCACGCAGAUCUUUGGUAGCACUAUCUACGUCGCACAAACCUUAGUCGGAGACAGUGUUGUCUUAUAUCGGUGCUACCUGGUCUGGGAACGCAGACUCAUAGUGAUCGCGUUUCCGUUUGUACUUCUCCUUGGUAGCACAACAUGUGGGGUUGGCAUUCUAUAUUCGUUUGCAAAGGUUGUCCCCGAGGCCGAGAUCUUCGUUACCGAGCUUCAAGACUGGAUCGUCUCAUUCUUUUCGCUAACACUCACCACGAAUAUAAUAUGCACUGCACUCGUCGCAGCACGAAUUUGGUUGCUAAACCGAUCAAUUAUGAGCUUCGCAGCGCACAGCUAUAAACCAAUUAUUAUUCUCGUCAUUGAAUCGGGUGCCGUCUACUCCGCGACGUUACUCGCCCUUCUCAUCUUGUACAAAGCUGGAUCCUGGUUCCAAUAUGUUCUAUUAGAUGCUAUUUCUCCCAUCGUUGGCCUUGUAUUCUCGAUGAUCAUCGUGCGAAUCGGAUUGGGAAUUACUUCUCUCGGCGGUCCUACACAGCCUCACGGGGAGCUUCGAGUCAGACGAAUACCUUUGGCCGUGUACGAUUACAGUUUAAUCGGCACCCUCAUUCGUCGUUAG